AUGCCACGUGGCGAACUCAGCGCCAGCCAAAUCUCACAGAUCAGAGCUUAUAUAUUGGCCAAGUCGCCCGAUGCAUCCGUGGCAAGAGAGUAUUCGUUUGAAGGAGUCAAACAUGUACUGGCCGAGGCCACCUCCCCCGUCACCUCCAUGGCGUUCGCCCCCCUUCGGAACGACCUCUUGACGUUUGGAUGUGCGGAUGGGGAGAUCUGGCUGGUCUGCCUGCCACCGACAUCCGCACCCACAUCCGCACAGCCAUCAUGUGCAAAGGUUCCAUCGCCUCAACUUCAGUUUGGCGAUGGUGGGUACAUCUGCAGGCAAUCUGGAGAUCUUCAACUGCAGCACCGACCGGCACACAUGCCUCCGGGCCUUGCAGGCAUGCUCCACAGCAAGUACCAAAUCACGCCAGCGGGCUCGGGGCUACAGAUAACUGCUCUGGAUAGCAGCAAUCAUCACGUAUUUGUUGGGGACUCUGCGGGGUCUCUCCACUGGUAUGCGUGCGAGCUCCGUGGCCGCCAGCUGUCGCGCCUCAAACCCGUGGGGAGGCUGCGGUUGGCGGCGGGGGCGGGGGCGGGGGCGGGGGCAGUAGCUGCAAGUGGAGGAGGAGGUGGUAGCGGAGCAGCAGGGCAUGUAGCGGCGGUGACAGCGCUGCAGUACGUGCCGUUUUGCCGUACAACCGACACGCCGGUGCUUAUGGCGGCGUUGCAGGAUGGCUCUCUUUGUAUUGUACGAGCUAACGAGGUACGACACCUCGCGGAUCUGUACCUGCGCCGGAUCGUCUCGCCGCCGGCAGCGGCAGAGACGGCGGCGGCCGCCGUCACCGCAUCCGGCACGUCGUUCCGUACAGCCCGCUCGUCGUCGUCCAGCAUCGCCACAGCGGCGGCGGCGGACGUGCCGCUGAUAACGUACGGCUCCGACGAUACGGCAGUGUACAUCGUGGAUGUGACGUCGCGGGGCUUCGGCGGCCCAGCGGGCCCCGGCCGAAGCCGUGGCGGCUGCAGCACGUCGACUUCGGAGCGGCCCAUGACGGUUACGGUACUGAAGGCGCAUCGUGCGGCGGUUACGGCGGUUGCCUGGACGUACGACGAGGCGCUGCUGGCUUCGGCGGAUGCGGAGGGCCUCGUGGUGCUGUGGCGGCGAUGCCGGCUGUUCUGA